AAUGCGAGUUUAUAUUUUAUCGGUAGGAGUUUGUUUGCUUUUUGCACUAGCUGCGGCGAGGGUGGUCGUCAAAGAGGAAGAUGCCGCCGUUAGUGCUACCAAGGGAGACUUAGCUGUUGCAGAGAGUGGACAUGGUCACGGCCAUUCGAGCCACCAUGAAGAGGGCGGUGGUCAUAAGCACCACGCUCACCAUCACGCUGAGCACGGCGAGAAAGGUGACAAAGGACACAAGUCAGAUCAUCACCACGACAAAGGUCACCACGGCAAACACGGCAAACACCACGAGGCUCAUCAUCAUGGCGAGAAAGGCGGCCAUCACAAGCAUCACCACGAUGAAGGAGGCCAUCACAGCGAGCACCAUGCUGGUGGGAAGCACCACAAAGAAGGCAAAUUCGGGGAGAAGAAAGGACACAAGAAAGGUCAGAAAACUACCGGAUUCCACCAUAAGUCCCACAAAGACGAGUACCAUAAAGACCACAAGUUCUACGACGACUACCACAAAGGAGGACACCACAGCAAACACGGUGAACACCACGGACAUCACGGAGGCAAAGAGGGUCACCACAAGAAAGGAGGUUCUCAUAAGAGCGGUCAUCACGAAGAUCAUCACGGAAAGAAAGGACAUUCCGCAAAGGGACAUUACGAUGAAGACCACAAAGGCCACAAAGGACAUGGCGGACACGAAAGCCAUCACUCGCACCAUUCGGACUAUGGAAAGAAAGGAGGUCACGCCGGUGGAAAGGAAUACGGAUACAGUCAUGGCAAGAAACAUUAGAUUUGCUGAUUAUGCCAAAGAGCCCUACGAUUUUCGUAAUUUAUUUUUUAUCGAAAUUUUCUUGAUAACGUUCGCGGUAAUGUUAACCGAU